AUGGUCGGCCUCACGUCUGCCGCCGGUAUCGUCGGCUUUCUCGCCGAGCCCGAUGCCGCCUUGCGCUCCUUCGCUCUGCACCGGUUGAACGAGGAGAUGGACCUGUUAUGGCCAGAGGUUGCUGGCUCAGUCAGUCAAAUUGAGGCGCUGUACGAAGACGAGACGUUCCCUGAGCGAGAGCUUGCCGCUCUUGUCGCAGCCAAGGUGUACUAUCAACUACAGGAGUACAACGAGAGCAUGGUCUUCGCGCUGGGAGCGGGCAAGCUCUUUGACAUUCACAAGGCCGGCGAGUUCGAGGAGACGAUACUUGCAAAAUGUCUCGACACCUACAUCGCUUUGUCCGCCCUUCACAACCCGCCCUCGCCCGUCAGCAAAACGAACCAGGCACCUCCACUGUUGAGCACAUCAUUUCCCGCCAACGUAACUGGUGCUGCUAGCACCUCAGCCAGCUUGGCCUCGCCAAUAACACCCUUCUCGCAGUCCGCGUUGCCCUCAAAGUCGCUCCUGUCCCGAGAAGAUUCGUCGUCAUUCGACCCCACAGUUCCCGGCGGUGGCAAUGCGGGGGUACCAGGCGCACAUCCCACACCAAUGGUGUUGGAGAGGAACGUGCAGAAGAAUCUCCAAAGUACUAUACGGCGGAUCUUCGAGAGCUGCUACGAGAGCGGAAACUACAAGCAGGUGGUGGGCAUUGCAAUUGAAGCACGCAACCUCGAAGUAUUGCGCGACUCCAUCCUCCGCGCAAGCCAGGACGAGAAGAAGCAGGGCAAGAAGCCCGCGCAGGGCUCGGUUAGCCAAAGCGAAGAGCUGAUGGAAUAUGUCCUCGACAUCUGCAUGAACGUUGUGCAGGAGAGAGGACUCAGGAACAAGAUCCUUCGACUUAUUCUCGACCUCCUCAACGAUAACGAGAUUCCUAACCCAGACUACUUCUCCAUCGCCAAGUGUGUGGUUUACCUUGACCAGCACUCUCUGGCAUCAAAGCUCAUUCAACAGCUCAUCGAAGAGGGUGAAGACAAGUCGCUUGCAACUGCUUACCAAAUUUCCUUCGAUCUAUACGAGAAUGGUACGCAAGAGUUCCUUGCAAAGGUAAUGGAAGAGUUGCCCGAGACCGAUGGCAAGGGUGAAGAGACGGCUUCCGUGACCGACGAAAAUGCCCCACCACCGAGCGAGUCAGACGCCCUGCUUUCAGACGUAGAGACAAGUAGCUCCCGAACCAAAGGCAGUUCAGCAACACAGGACCAGCUGAAGGCUUUUAGCUCAGUGCGCCAUAUUCUCCGAGGAACGAAGACCAUCGAGCUGAACCUCGAGUUUCUGUAUAGGAACAAUCAUACAGACAAGGCCGUCCUGAAUAAGAUUCGCGACAGUCUGGAGGCGAGGAACUCGAUAUUCCACUCGGGUGUCACUUUCGCGAAUGCUUUCAUGAACGCUGGUACCACAAACGACGCCUUCUUCCGGGAGAACUUGGACUGGUUAGGCAAGGCGGUAAACUGGUCGAAGUUCACAGCAACCGCUGCUUUGGGUGUCAUCCACCGUGGCAACCUUAGCCAAGGCCAAAAGCUUCUCGAGCCGUAUUUGCCCAAGGACAGCAUAUCCUCCGGCUCUCACUAUGAGCAGGGUGGAUCUCUCUACGCGCUUGGGCUGAUCUACGCCAACCAUGGAAGCAAUGUUCUGGAUUUCUUACUCAAGCAGUUCCAGAACGCUUCCGAGGAGGUCAUCCAGCACGGAGGUGCGCUUGGUGUGGGUGUUGCGGGAAUGGCAACAGGUUCGGAAGAGAUUUUCGAUGCCUUCAAGAGUGUGCUGUAUACGGAUUCUGCCAUCAACGGCGAGGCUGUUGGUCUUUCCAUGGGUCUUGUGAUGCUCGGCACUGGAAACAUCAAGGCUCUCGAAGAUAUGAUCCAAUACGCCCACGACACCCAGCACGAGAAGAUUGUCCGAGGUCUCGCCAUGGGCAUGGCACUUAUCAUGUAUGCCCGCCAAGAAGCUGCCGACGAGCUUAUCAACGGCCUUCUCGAAGACGCGGACCCGACUCUACGCUAUGGAGGUAUCAUGACUAUUGCUCUCGCGUACUGUGGCACAGGUAGCAACAAGGCCGUACGAAGACUGUUGCAUGUCGCAGUUAGCGAUGUAAGCGACGACGUUCGACGAGUAGCAGUCAUGAGCUUGGGUUUCGUCCUGUUCAGGAAACCCGGUAGCGUUCCCCGCAUGGUCGAGCUUCUUGCAGAGUCGUACAACCCACAUGUCCGAUAUGGAGCGACAAUGGCUCUCGGAAUUGCGUGCGCAGGUACUGGACUUCCCGAAGCGGUUGACUUGCUGGAGCCCAUGAUGAAGGACUCGACCGAUUUCGUCCGACAGGGUGCCUUGAUCGCGCUUGCCAUGAUCAUGGUACAGCAGAAUGAAGCUAUGAACCCCAAGGUCACAGCAAUCAGGAAACAGCUUACCAAGGUGGUUGGUGACCGUCACGAAGAUGCCAUGGCCAAGUUUGGCUGCGCUUUGGCGCUUGGUAUCAUCGAUGCUGGUGGUCGAAACUGCACAAUUGGAUUGCAGACACCGACUGGCAACCUCAACAUGGCUGCCAUUGUUGGUAUGGCUGUCUUCACACAGUACUGGUACUGGUUCCCAUUGACCCACUUCUUGUCGUUGAGUUUCACGCCUACGGCCAUCAUCGGUGUUGAUCAGGAUCUUGAGAUUCCGUCGUUCAAGUUUCACAGCAACACUCGGCCGAGCAUGUUCGACUACCCGCCAGAAGCGGAGGUCAAGGCAGAAGAAGCGCCCGAGAAGAUCAAGACUGCCGUUCUUUCAACCACAGCUCAAGACAAGAGGCGGAGAAUGGUCAAGGAGCGACAACGCCGCCGGGAGAGCAUCGAUAUCGACGCCCCAGCAACGCCAAAGGCUGCGGAAGACGACAAGAUGGAUGUGGAUGAGGACAGCCAGAAGCAAGACAAAGAGAAGGCUGAGGGUGCACAGACGACUGAAUCGUUAAAGAAGAAGGUAGAGAAGGAGAAGGUUGGCCACGAACUUGAGAACAUGUCCCGUGUGCUCUUGCCACAAGUCAAACAUAUCAGCUUCACCGAGGGGCGAUAUGUUCCAGUCAAGAAGCCCACUCUUGGUGUUGUACUCCUCACAGACUCGAGACCGUCCGAGGCAAAGACGCUGCUCGAACUCAAGGUGAAGAAGGCGACUACAGCGCCAGCUCCCGGCGCAUCGGGCUCGUCUAGCGAACAGGCGCCUGAAGGGGUGUCGGUCGGGGGUGAUUCGGCGUCAGUGGACGACAACAUGGUCGACGAGGGAGAUGGCGAGGCGUCGGUUCCAGGUGACUUUGAGUACGACUCUGACACCAAUCCCAACGACGACGAUUGA